AGCAAAGCCCAGACAAAGUGUACGCUGUUUCAAACACCGCUCCCAUUAUUUCACCUUCGUUCUCUCUCCCCUCUAACUGUACACCCUUGCUCUCGUCUAUCCUUGCCUGCUGAUUCAUUCCAAAACCCGAAUCCUCUUUCAUUAUCUGCAACUAUGGAAUUUCGCUUCAUCUGAGCUUCUAUUAAAUGAGCUAUCUCCUUCGAGCUUGAAUUGUUGUUGCGGCUUCUGGAGCUUUAAAUUAUGGCUGCGGUUGCUGAGAUUUCCCUAGACGCAGCAGCUGCGAACAAGUUGGACUCAAAUUCCAAGUCCGAACCCGAAUUCAAUGUGCAAAAGCUCGUCGAUAUGUUCACUAAGCUGAAUCCUUUGGCGAAAGAGUUUGUCCCUUCGAGAUAUUCUCACCAUGAUCAUUUCCAUCAGGGCUAUCAUCAGCUCUCGCCGAACAAUUUUCUGGGCGGAGAUAUUACGGCAGCUGAUGUUAAUCACCAAAAUUAUCGAAGGAGAAGAACUAAUUAUAGCCAGGGGAGAAGGUCCAAUGGAAGAGUGCACAAGGCUCAGAGAGAAGAUAGCAUUAGGAGGACAGUAUAUGUUUCUGAUAUAGAUCAGCAGGUUACUGAGGAGCGGCUUGCUGCCUUAUUUACUAGUUGUGGACAAGUUAUUGACUGCCGCAUUUGUGGUGAUCCACAUUCAAUUCUUCGUUUUGCAUUUGUGGAGUUUGCAGAUGAGCAAGGUGCAAGAGCAGCUUUAAACCUUGGUGGCACUGUGCUUGGGUACUAUCCAGUUAGGGUCCUUCCUUCCAAAACUGCAAUCCUUCCUGUGAAUCCUACAUUCCUCCCCAGGUCUGAGGAUGAGCGGGAAAUGUGUAGCAGAACUGUCUACUGUACAAAUAUUGAUAAAAAGAUUUCUCAAGCUGAAGUGAAGAACUUUUUUGAAACAGCUUGUGGUGAGGUUACCCGCUUGAGGCUUUUGGGAGAUCAUGCUCAUUCAACUCGAAUUGCUUUUGUAGAAUUCGCAAUGGCCGAAAGUGCCAUUAUUGCUCUGAAUUGUAGUGGGAUGCCCUUAGGAAGCCAACCUAUCAGGGUAAGUCCUUCAAAGACACCUGUGAGGCCAAGAAUGCCCCAUCCAACUCCCCAUUAACUGAUCAACAUCGAAGAACUUACUGAGGCAAUUUGGUCACCAUUCCUGUUGAGACUUGGGUAGAAGGGGUGGUGAAGUUUCCUUUAUUUGAGCUGUUCCAUUUUUACAAUCAUAGCAGUUGCUUUAGUAAUGCCCAUGCAUAUAACGUUCUGCUCUAACUAAAACUUCCGAGGCACCGGUCUUCAUCUUAAAUAUUUUACCAUGUUUUUCUUGUUCUUUUUUUAAAAAUUGAGGUGGGCUUGUUUAAGUUAUUUUGUUACUAUGAUCAAGUACUCACCUGAUCCGCGUACUUCCUUAGCCACCUUUAAUCUUGAACGCCUAUAAGGUCAAGAAAUGGUGCAAGUUCACUAUUUAAUUAGUAUCUACUUCUCUGUUGAUCA